AUGGAGAAAAAGAGGAAGCUGGAGCAGCAGAUGAAGGAGGAGAUGGAGCAGCAGAAGAAGGAGAAGAAGGAGGAGAGGGAGCAGGAGAAGGAGCAGCAGAAGAAGGAGGAGAAGAAGGAGGAGAAGGAGGAGAAGGAGUGGGAGAAAGCUGAGGAGAAAGCAAGGAAAGCAGGAAAGGAAGCGGAGAAGAAACUGAGGGAGGAGCUUGCUGAGCUUAAGCUCAGAUUCAAGGAGACCAUGAGGAGAUAUAAAGAGGAGGAGAAGAUCAUAAAGGAUCAGCUGAAAAGGCUGAUAAAGGAGGAGAAAGAGAGAGAAAAACAAGCUAAAAAGGAUCUGAAGCAGGCCCAGAAGGCCGAGAAGGAGAAGGAGAAGGAGAAGAAGAAGAAGCUCAAGGAAGAGCUGCUACGAAUGGAAGAAGAGAAAGAAGAGGGGAAGGCUGGAAGGAGCAUGGAGGACAAGGAAGCCCAGGAGAACAGUGAUUCUGCUGAGAAGAAGGAGAAGAGCAGGUUCCUGAAGAUCAGGAAGAGACUAGGGCUGCAGCCCGGCGCCACCUUCUGGAUCUGGUGGCCAAAAGUUUACAUUGUGCUCAAGUGAAGAACCGCUUUCCACAAUUUUCCCGCUUUCAUCAUCAUCAUCAUCAUCAUCCUCAUCAUCAUCUUAA